UCAAACAUAUGGAUUAUUUAUGGUGGUGGGCCUCUGCCGCAGUGUAAAAUUUACUGUUUUUAGUUUUUUCAUGACUUUCGACAUUAUAUUUUCGUUUUAAAUAAUCAUGAUGGAGGGUUCCUUAAGUAAAUGGACCAAUGUGAUGAAAGGUUGGCAGUAUCGGUGGUUCGUUCUGGAUGAAAAUGCCGGACUCCUCUCCUACUACACGUCUAAAGAGAAGAUGACACGCGGCGUUCGACGAGGCUGCGUCCGGCUACGCGCAGCCGUCAUAGGUAUAGACGAUGAAGACGAUUCUACGUUCACCAUCACAGUGGAUCACAAGACUUUUCAUUUCCAGGCAAGAGACGGUUCAGAACGCGAGCGCUGGGUCCGCGCCCUAGAAGACACCAUCUCCCGCCACGGCCGCCGGUCGCGCUGGUCGCGGAGCGUCCCCGCGCCGAGCGCGCGCCACGGCGACCUCGAGCGGCGGAUCGCGGAGGCGGACGCGUACCUGCAGAUCAUGAUCGAGCUGGUGGAGAAAAUGACGCUCAGGGUAUCAGAGCUGGGUGACCCGCACGAGAAAGCGAAAGGACAAGUUAUAUUAGACCAUUCCAAUGCAAUGUUGGAUAACAUAAAACAUUCCAUAGUGCUUCUACAAAUAGCUAAGAAUACAGUAAAUCCCGUAAACGGUGUCUACCAAGGACCAACAAGUACCUCACAAACACAUAUCAAACAAGGGUCAUCAGACGUCUCUCCGCACGUGGAGCUGGGCUCCGAAUGCCGGGAACUGUCUACUUCUACACACUCACUGCCAUUGGAAGCCAUUGACGCGACAAGGCAAGCCAUGUCGCUACUAGUCCCCGACACGUCGUACUCGUCGUCAGAAGGAGAAGACGACUUCUACGACGCGGACGACGGGGUGGAGGACACGCUGCCGGGACCUAGUGCAAGUCGGAAUUGUCCGGCAGAGGGCGCGCCUGAGCCGGACUCGGCGCCGCCCGUCGACCUGCCGCGGACGAGAGAUGGAGAGAUCGACUAUGAUGCGUUAUACGAGGAGGAGUCAGACAGCGAACUCGGUUCGAUGGAGAACCAUGGGUCCGUGGUCACGCAUCUGCUCUCACAGGUCAAGAUCGGAAUGGACCUUACCAAGGUCGUCCUCCCCACUUUUAUACUAGAAAGGCGAUCGUUGCUAGAAAUGUACGCGGACUCUUUUGCACAUCCCGACCAGUUUGUCAAGAUAGUAGACCAGCCAACGCCCCGCGACCGCAUGAUCCAAGUGGUCCGGUGGUACCUCAGCUCAUACCAUGCCGGUCGCAAGUCCCAAGUGGCCAAGAAACCUUACAACCCCAUCCUGGGCGAGGUGUUCCGAUGCUACUGGGACCUGGACGCUAAUGAAUCACAACCCCAAGACAAGCUACAAGAAGUCGGCGACGGGCCGGUUCCCUGGUGUACCCCUGAACAGCUAUCGUUCGUGGCCGAACAAGUUUCCCACCAUCCGCCCAUCUCUGCGUUCUACGCAGAACAUGUUAACAAACGUAUACAGUUCGAGGCGUGGGUUUGGACAAAAAGCAAGUUCCUAGGGCUGUCGAUCGGUGUCCACAACAUCGGCAAGGGUACAGUUACGCUGCUGGACACUGGCGAAGAGUAUACGCUCACCUUCCCUAACGGAUACGGCAGAUCAAUACUAACAGUCCCAUGGAUCGAGCUCGGCGGCUCAGUAUGCAUAGAGUGCGUACAGACUGGCCACAAGGCAAAUGUGGAGUUCCUCACCAAGCCCUUCUACGGAGGCAAGAAACACCGCGUGACGUGCGAAGUGUUCGCCGGGACGGAGAAGAAACCGUACUAUUCGGCGCAGGGGGAGUGGAAUACUAGGGUGGACGGGCGGUGGACGGAGUCAGGGCGCAACGAAGUCCUCUUCGAGGUAUCAAACAUGAAGCCGCGUCGCAAGCGCGUGGCGCCCGUGUCGCGCCAGCAGCCGCACGAGUCGCGCCGCAUCUGGCGCCACGUCACCGCCGCGCUCAGGGCGCAGGACUGCGAGCAGGCCACGCUGGCCAAGAGCAGGGUCGAGCAGGCGCAGCGCGACCAGGCCAAACAGAGGGCGGCCAACGGGGACAAGUGGAACACGCAGCUAUUCAGUCCAGUGGGGGAGGACGCGUGGGAGUACAACGCGCCGCUACGCAAGCGACGCGAGCGCCGCGACGACAGCGAGCGGUAAUGUCGCCACGUCGCCGUCGCGUUGCCGCCGUGUUGCCGUCAGGUUGCCGCCGUGUUGCCAGCACGUUGCUCGGAGACUGGGCCUGUUUCAAGGGCGUUCCACUAGUGUCGUACGAAUCAUACUCUUUAAAGGUGCUGAUAGACUUGAGCAUUUACUUGUGAUGAGCGUUUGACAAACAAUCUGCUUAAAAACUGCGAAUGCUCGAUGCUGUGGUCGAGUGAAUGCUCGAGUCUAUCAGCACCUUAAUACUUUUAAAGAAGGCAAGAUCUUUUGGUCUGAAAAUGUUCAAUAUUUAGGCGAUUUGUUUUUGUUGUUCGCAGUGUGUUGGUUUGUUUAACCCAAACUCUGAUGACCUGAUGGUGAGUUUUCGAUGUUCGAGUAAGCUGAAAUGUAACCCUUCAUGUCAAAAAUUUACUAUUGAAUUAAUAACAUUGAAAUUAUAAAUGACAGCCCAAAUUGUCUAGGGAGUGAACGGGACAAGACAUACGAAAGGUUAACACACUCGUUACUUCGGUAAUAAUAAAAAUGGCUUAAUAUAGUAUCAUAAAACUAGUUUGAUGGAUACCAAGAGUGGCCAUAGAAACUCUGUAAUAAACUAAUAUAACGGAACCUCAUCGAGUUUCGGCGCGUCAGAAUCUAAAAUAUCGUUAGUGAUAAAAAUCACUUCUAGCAUUUUUAAAAGUAAAAGAGUAACGUUAAGUAACUACACUUUUGUAGAAUACGUCAGGAAUGAUAUUAGACUAUUUAUUUAUUAUUCACAUAAAAAAGCCCCCCAACAAAAUAUAUUACGUAUUUUUGACUGAGACCGACGUAGUAGUUAGUUUGUUUACAUCGAGUAGUUCGUUGUUUAUAGGUUAUACGGGUUUAGCUGUUCUGAUAUUUGCCAUAAUUUUAACGAAUUUACCGCCACAUUACUUGGUCAUCAAG